CUAACAAAUACAUUCGUUAGAUUUGUUUGUUAUUUUGCGAAAGCCAUCGUGGUUAUCUAUGAAGAAUGUUGAUUAAUUAAUGUUUUAUGUCGUUGUUGCUUUUUGGUUCAAUUUCAGCAAACCCUAGGGCUCCUCUUUCUCUCCUCAGCAAUCGGAAUUUGACUAAAACAAUGAGUGCCCAGCCAAAGAGGAGAGCUGCAGAAAAUGGGGAGACUGGAAUUGACCCAGGACUGACCACCUUGAUCAGCAAUGGGGAGGAUUUAGGCCCCAUCGUAAGGCAUGCAUUCGAGGCAGGAAAACCGGAGGCCCUCUUACAUCAGCUGAGAAAUAUCGUGAAGCAAAAGGAAGUCGAGAUCGAAGAGCUAUGCAAGCUUCAUUACGAGGACUUCAUAAUUGCUGUCGAUGAGCUUCGUGGUGUGUUAGUGGAUGCUGAGGAGCUAAAAAUCAUGCUCUCUGGUGAGAAUCUUAGGCUUCAGGAAGUGGCUAGUUCUCUUUUGUCUAAGCUUGAGGAACUUCUCGAGUUGUACUCUAUCAAGAAAAAUGUUGCAGAGGCUAUUAAGGCAUUGAAGGUUUGUGUUCAAGUCUCAAAUCUUUGUCUAACAUGCAAUAACCACAUCUCAGAUGGCCGAUUUCAUCCUGCUCUCAAGACAUUGAACCUUAUCGAGAAAGAUUACUUACAUAAGAUCCCUAUUAAGGCCCUCAGGAGGGUGAUUGAGAAGCAGGUACCGGCAAUCAAGUUCCACAUCGAGAAAAAAGUUACCAGUGAAUUCAAUGAUUGGCUUGUCAAAGUAAGGAGCACAGCAAGGGAAAUCGGACAAAUGUCUAUCGGGCAAGCUUCCUCAGCUCGCCAAAGAGAUGAGGAGAUGCGCGUUCGUCAAAGAGAAGCUGAGGAACAAAGUCGUUCAAAGGUUGGGGAAUGUGUGUACACUUUGGAUGUCGAGCAGACUGAUGAAGACUCGGUUUUAGAGUUUGAUCUUACACCAGUAUACCGGGCUCAUCAUAUAUAUACAAUCCUCGGUAUUGAGGAGCGAUUUCGGGAUUAUUACUACAAUAAUCGGAUGAUGCAGCUGAACUUGGACCUGCAAAUUUCCACGGCGCAACCUUUUCUUGAAUCCCAUCAGCCCUUUUUCGCCCAGAUAGCUGGAUUCUUCAUAGUUGAGGAUAGGGUUUUAAGAACAGCAGGUGGAUUGUUAUCUGAGACUCAGGUGGAGACGAUUUGGGAUACAGCUUUAGCCAAGAUGACAUCAAUACUAGAGAACCAGUUCUCUAGUAUGGAUACUGCUAGCCAUCUCCUUCUGAUCAAAGACUUUGUCACUCUUCUGGGUUCUACUCUCAGACGUUGCGGAUACCGGGUGACUCCUUUGCUUGAAGUUCUUGAUAAUAGUAGAGAUAAAUAUCAUGAACUACUACUUGAUGAAUGCCGAAAGCAGAUGACAGAUAUCCUUUCCAAUGACUCCUUUGAGCAGAUGGUGAUAAGGAAGGAGUACGAAUAUAACAUGAAUGUAUUGUCCUUUCAUUUACAAGCAUCAGAUGCAGUGCCGGUGUUUCCAUAUGUUGCUCCUUUCUCUUCCUCGGUUCCUGAUUCGUGUCGGAUGAUUCGUUCCUUCAUUGAUGACUCGGUCAGCUAUCUGUCAUAUGGAGGUCAUAUAAAUUUCUAUGAUGUUGUAAAGAAGUAUUUGGACAAACUCUUGAUUGAGGUGCUGAAUCAAUCUCUUUUGAAUAUGAUCCAUGGGGGUAGUUUAGGAGUUACGCAGGCAAUGCAAAUUGCAGCCAAUAUAGCUGUUUUCGAGCGUGCUUGCGAUCUUUUUCUUUGGCAAGCAGCUCAACGCUGUGGUGUUCCUGUGCGAUUAAUUGAAAGGCCUCAUGCUGGUUUGGCUGCUAAAGCUGUGCUAAAGGCCUCACAGAAUGCUGCAUUUAAUGCGCUAGUAAACCUGGUAAACACUAAGUUGGAUGAUUAUAUGGCUCUCAUAAACAAUAUAAAUUGGAUAGCUGAUGAACCACCGCAAAGUGGAAAUGAGUGUAUGAAUGAACUUGUCGUCUAUCUUGAGACCCUGCUGUCUUCUGCUCAGCAGAUCCUACCUUUGGAAGCCUUGUAUAAGCUCAUCACUGGUGCACUUGAUCAUAUUUCUGAUUCUGUCGUGACAGCUUUUCUCAGUGAUAACAUUAAGAGGUUUACUCUCAGUGCUGUUAUUGGCAUUGACAGUGACUUGAAGAAGUUGGAAACUUUUGCAGAGGAGAGCUUUUACGAUACAGGCUUGAGUGAUUUGAAGAAAGAUAGAAGCCUAAAGGAUUGUUUGGUAGAAUCUCGGCAGUUGAUCAACCUUCUAUUGAGCAAUCAGCCAGAGAACUUCAUGAAUCCUGUGAUAAGGCAGAAAAAUUAUGGAGCUUUGGACUAUAAGAAAGUUGCCAGCAUCUGCGAGAAAUUUAAGGAUUCACCGGAUAGACUGUUUGGGAGUCUUUCGAACCGGAAUGCAAAGACGAAUGCUAGGAAGAAGUCAAUGGACAUGUUGAAGAAAAGGCUAAAGGAUUUCAAUUGAGGUUUUAUUUAGGCCAUUACCUCGUCUUGUUGUAGUGGUUAGGGUUCAUGGCAGCUCUUUAUUUUGUGUUCUUUCCAUCUUGAAGCAUAAUGUCCCAUUCAGAUCAAUAAAGAGUGGGAUGAAUGUUGCUAUGUUUUUUUUAAUUAGAUUAUCAGAUGGAACAAUUAUUUGUUUUGCUUUCAAGGAAAAAGAUUUUGUAUUCAGGUGGCUUUACUUUAUCCUAUAUGUCAUCUAGAUUUUAUUAUUA